AUGUAUCCAUCGAGCAAAAGUUGUGCCUGGGAAAUUUUAGCACCACCUCAAUAUAGGAUUACCUUGAAUUUCACGCAUUUUGAUUUGGAAGGAAAUAAUGUAUACCAGCAGGAAUGCGAAUACGACAGUUUGACUGUACAUAGCAAAAUGGGUGAAGACAUCUACAAAAAACAUGGAAUUUUCUGCGGAUCUCGGAUGCCUCCAAUGGUGACAUCAGAAAAAAAUGCAAUGAGAAUCGAAUUCACAUCUGACAAUAGUGUGCAGAAAUCAGGAUUUGCUGCUGUCUUCUUCACAGAUAAAGAUGAGUGUGCGACCAACAAUGGAGGAUGUCAGCACGAAUGUAGAAAUACAGUAGGAUCUUAUGUUUGCUCCUGUCAUAAUGGAUUCACUCUUCAUGAUAAUAGACAUGAUUGCAAAGAAGGAGGUUGUAAAUAUGAAAUUACUGCACCAACAGGCAACAUUUAUAGUCCAAAUUAUCCAGACUUGUACCCAGCUCGAAAAGAUUGUGUAUGGCAUUUCACAACUACACCAGGACAUCGUAUCAGAUUGCUGUUCAAUCGAUUCGAAUUGGAACCUCAUCAGGAAUGUGCAUACGAUCACGUCGCCAUCUAUGAUGGUCCAGGACCUGAUAGUACAACCUUAGGAAGAUUUUGUGGAUCCAAAUUACCACAUGCUGUGUUAGCAAAUUCAAACCAAAUGUACAUGGUGUUUAAAUCGGAUCAGUCUGUUCAAAGGGUUGGAUUCUCUGCUACGCAUUCUACAGGUAAUUAUUUUAUUUAG